AUGACCCGUCUCGGAAUUUCAGGGGGAGGCUGCGCGCCGGAAGACGUGUCUUUCACUAGAAUCGGGGGGCUGUCGUGGGAGCAGUGGUCGGCGCGCCUGGCGCUGCCGCUGGUGGCCGGGCUGCGCCCCCCGGCCGCGCUCGCAGCCCCCGCCCCGCCCGCGCCCGGGGAGCCCUCCUUCAACUGCCCCGACUGCGGCCGCCUCUACAAGCUCAAGUCCUCGCUGCGCAACCACCAGAAGUGGGAGUGCGGCAAGGAGCCGCAGUUCCAGUGCCCGUACUGCGUGUACCGCGCCAAGCAGAAGAUGCACAUCGCGCGCCACAUGGAGCGCAUGCACCGCGAGGUGCAGAUGAAGCCCGAGCACUAUCUCAAGCAGGACAAUGUCGACGCCUGCACAUAG